AUGCCUUCAAGAUCGUCUCGUCAUGGAUCUGAAAGGCACACGAGAAGAGAAAGUAGCCGUAACGGCGAGAGGAACAGGAGGCGCGGGCGAAGGGGACCGUAUUCUGUGUACGUCUACCGCGUACUCAAGGAAAUGUACCCGGACGCUUGGAUCUCGUCAAAGGCAAUGUCGAUUAUGAACUCAUUCGUAAGCGAUAUCGUCGAACGGCUUGCGGUCGAAUCAGCUCGUCUUGUACGCUAUAACAACCGUACCACAAUCACUCCUCGUGACAUCAACAGCGCUGCUCGUCUGACCCUUCCUGGAGAAGUCGCCACACAGGCAGUUACUCAUAGUCGUGUAGCUGUCGCUAAGCACUCUGCUCUCAAACACAGCAAAUAG